UGCCAUAAGGAAGGUCUAAAGCCAUAUAACUCCAAAAUGUCUGAUCAGGAAGAGUAUGAAGAAGAAGUUAUUGAGGAAACUGAAGAGACUGAAGAAGUAAUUGAGCCUGAUCCUGAGCCUGAGCCUGAGCCUGAGCCUGAACCACCGAAACCUGCACCUCCUCCUAGAGUUGCUCCAACUCCAAGAGCACAAACGACUCAAAAUGCUAAAAGAAGUUGUAAGAUCUCAGCAUCACGCAAGCUCCAUCUCAAGAUUCUAAUGCUGGGCAAAGCCAAGGAAGACCUAGAACGAGAAAUAGCUGAACGAAAUAUAGAAAAGGAAAAAUUCCUUGCAGAGCGUGUACCUCCACUCAACCUCAGUGGCCUUUCACUUACUGACUUGCAAAAUUUGUGCAAAGAGCUUCACCAAAAAAUUGAGAUUGUUGAUGAAGAAAGGUAUGAUUUUGAGUUUAAAGCUGGGAAGAACAACUAUGAGAUUCAUGAUCUAUCCUUGAAAAUUCUUGACCUUAGAGGGAAGUUUAAGCGACCCACUUUGCGUAGGGUCCGUGUAUCUGCUGAUGCUAUGUUGCGUGCCUUAUUGGGUUCCAAGCACAAAGUAUCAAUGGAUCUGCGAGCCAAUCUGAAGUCAGUCAAAAAGGAUGAUGCAGAGAAGGAGCGUAAUGUCGAGGUGAGCGAUUGGCGCAAGAAUGUGGAAGCCAAGUCAGGCAUGGAGGGCAGAAAGAAGAUGUUUGAUGCUGCUAAUACCCAGUAAAUGUUGCCAGGUAAUCCAGGUGGGCUAUUUCCACUUCUUUGAAAAUCGAGAACGAAUGUGUUUGCUGAGUGCUUUACUUUCAGCUCUGCAGUGUUUAGCAUGCC